ACUCAUUUUCAGUCAUUUUACAUUUGACAAGAAUGACAGUGUUUUGUAUUUGACAAACAGUACAAUCGCCAUGAAUCUUGACAGGCUUCGCAAAAGAGUGCGACACUACAUUGAUCAGCAACAGUAUCAAAGUGCUCUGUUCUGGGCUGACAAAGUAGCAUCCUUAUCACAUGAGGAUCCUCAAGACGUUUAUUGGUUAGCACAGUGCCUUUAUUUGACAGCACAGUAUCACAGAGCUUCUCAUGCGCUCAGAUCUCGCAAACUUGACAAGUUGUAUGGAGCCUGCCAGUAUCUAGCUGCAAGAUGUCACUUUGCUGCCAAAGAAUAUCAACAAGCUCUAGACAUACUGGACAUGGAAGAAGCAGCCAGCAAAAAAAUAUUGGAGAAGAAUGUGAAGGAGGAUAAUGGCUCAGGAGUAACCCUAAAGGAAUGGGAAAUGUCUCCUGCCUCAAUCAACAGUUCCAUCUGUCUCCUGCGGGGGAAGAUCUAUGAUGCCAUGGACAACAGACCCCUAGCCAUGUCUAGCUACAAAGAGGCCUUGAAACUGGAUGUCUACUGCUUUGAAGCCUUUGACCUUUUGACGUCCCAUCACAUGCUGACCGCCCAAGAGGAGAAAGAUUUCUUGGAUUCUCUGCCUUUAAGUCAACAGUGUACAGAAGAGGAAGUGGAAUUGCUGCGUUUCCUUUUUGAAAAUAAAUUAAAGAAGUAUAACAAACCUAGCGAGAUGGUGGUCCCAGAAAUAGUCAACGGUCUCCAGGACAACCUGGAUGUUGUCGUCUCCCUCGCAGAGCGACAUUAUUACAACUGUGACUUUAAAAUGUGCUACUCUCUUACGUCAAUGGUUAUGGUGAAAGACCCGUUUCAUGCUAACUGUUUACCAGUGCACAUAGGAACCCUUGUUGAGCUGAGCAAAGCAAAUGAGUUGUUUUACCUGUCUCAUAAACUGGUGGACUUGUAUCCCAGCAAUCCAGUUUCGUGGUUUGCUGUUGGCUGUUACUACCUCAUGGUUGGGCAUAAAAAUGAACACGCAAGGCGGUAUCUGAGUAAAGCCACCACGCUGGAGCGCACAUACGGACCGGCAUGGAUCGCAUACGGUCACUCGUUUGCUGUGGAGAGUGAACACGAUCAGGCCAUGGCUGCGUACUUCACUGCCGCCCAGCUCAUGAAAGGAUGUCACUUGCCCAUGCUGUACAUCGGUUUGGAGUAUGGACUCACUAACAACCCCAAGCUGGCAGAACGUUUCUUUAGCCAGGCCCUCAGCAUUGCGCCUGAGGACCCCUUUGUCAUACAUGAGGUAGCUGUGGUUGCUUUCCAAAAUGGAGAUUAUAAAACAGCCGAGAAGUUGUUUCUAGAUGCUAUGGAUAAGAUCAAGGCCAUUGGAAAUGAGGUGACGGUAGACAAAUGGGAGCCGCUCUUAAACAAUUUAGGUCAUGUCUGUCGAAAAUUGAAGAAAUAUGAACAGGCUCUCGAAUACCACAGGCAAGCUUUGGUCCUCAUCCCACAGAAUGCCUCCACUUACUCAGCCAUCGGUUAUGUGCACAGCCUCAUGGGAGAUUUUGAGAGUGCCAUUGACUACUUUCACACUGCACUUGGUCUUAAACGAGAUGACACAUUUUCCGUAACCAUGCUGGGUCACUGCAUUGAGAUGUAUAUCAGCGACUCGGAUGCUUACAUUGGAACUGAUAUUAAAGACAAAGUGAGAAAGACCCUCAGCACGCCUGCACUGAUGAAGAUGCUCAACACUUCUGCCGACGGCAAUGAGAGCAGAGCUCAACCCGUAGAAGAGGUGAACGUGUGCCUGGAAACGCAGUCUUUCAAUGCUGAUAAACAAAACGAUGCUUUCCAGCGCUUCCUCUUAGAAUGUGACAUGCACGAGAGCGAUAUGAUGCUGGAGACGUCCAUGUCUGACACCAGUACGUGAUUGAGACCUAUAAAUGGGUCAAAAAGGAACUUUGAGCAUGCGAUGAUGAUAGAAGGUGACACUAAAGAGGACACAAAUUACCCACCCUCCCUCAACCCCCCACCGGCCGUGUCCUGUGUGUCAGACCCCUGUGGAUUUUUUUACUAUGAAUAAAUGUAAAGAAGUGAAUGCAAAAGGGUUCGAAUGAUUUAAUCAAUAAACCCUGCAUCCAUAUUUUUACACACAUUUGUGUAUUCUCAUUGCUGCUAUAUUAAAACAUCUGUUUUGUGGAUGAGGCUGAAAAAAAAGUGAUAUUUACAGUGCCAAUCAGGCGAUAACAUUGAUCUGCUGACAUUUGCAUUGUUUAGAAAACCCUGAAAUUAGUCAACCAAAGGAAGCUACUUGCAACGACUUUGAUAAGUGAUUUUAUCAGACAUGCCAAAUCUGUGCCUGAAGUUGAGAAUGCAAGGUAAUCUGUGCAUUUCUUUUGCAAGUGACCAAAAUCAGCCCACAGAUUUAGUUUUUGGUCAUUUGUUUUUGUAACACUUUAUAAAAGCUUGAAGUUAGUUUGUCCAACCACAUCAGUAGUGAAAUACAAGAAUAUGAUCAUUAAUAUGAUUUAUGUGAUAACGGUGUACACUGCCGGUCAAAAGUUUGCAAUAAUUAAAGGUUUUUAAAAAUGUUUUUGAAAGAGGUCUCUCAUGCUCACCAAAGCUGUAUUUAUUUGAUAAAAAAAAACGAUGUGAAAUUUUAUUACAUUUUGAAACUGUUAUUUAUUAGGGACACAUUAAAUGAGACCGUGACACAUUAA